AUGAACCUCACCAGCAUCAUGGUCCUGCCAAAGAAGAGCGAGCGUGGCAUACGCAUUGCCAUUGAUCGAGGUGGGACCUUCACAGACUGUGUUGGCAAUCCAGGCUCGGGCAAAAUGGAGGAUGAUGUCUUGAUCAAGCUGCUGUCCGUGGACCCGCAGAACUACGACGAUGCACCAUUAGAAGGCAUACGACGGCUGCUGUCCAAAUUCGAGGGCAAGGAGAUCCCGCGAGGUCAGGCAUUGGAUACGAGCAAGAUUGAGAGUAUACGAAUGGGCACAACAGUCGCUACUAACGCAUUGCUUGAGCGGAAAGGUGAGGAUAUUGCUAUGGUCGUGACGAAGGGCUUCAAGGACUGUCUCGAGAUCGGUAACCAAAGUCGACCGAAUAUCUUCGACCUGGCGAUUCGCAAACCGGAAGUGCUGUACACGAGAGUUGUAGAGAUUGACGAGCGAGUGACGCUCGAGGAUUAUGCGGAGGAUCCAAAGCGACACAAGACAGAAGCAACUGCAGCGGACGAUACGAAUGAGGACGCAGAGCUAGUGAGAGGCCUAUCAGGAGAAGCAGUAAGAAUAUUGAAACGGGCACAAGGAGAGCAGAUAUGGAAACAACUGCAAGAUAUCUACGAUUCUGGUCUACGGAGCAUAGCAGUCUGCUUGAUGCACGGCUACACAUAUCCCAAGCACGAAGCUCUCGUAGGCAAGAUAGCCAAGGACAUCGGUUUCGAGCACGUCUCACUAUCGCACGAACUCAUGCCCAUGAUCAAACUCGUACCACGCGCGACUUCCGCCUGCGCAGAUGCAUAUCUGACUCCUGCAAUACGAAAGUACAUCGAUGGCUUUCAGAAAGGCUUCGAAGGUGGUCUCGGCACAGAGAGUGUGAGACGAGAAGCUGGUGAAAAAGGCGCGAGGUGUGAGUUUAUGCAAUCAGAUGGAGGGCUGGUAGACGUGGAUGGCUUCUCGGGCUUGCGAGCGAUCUUGUCAGGCCCUGCGGGUGGCGUGGUAGGAUAUGCGCUGACGAGUUAUGAUCCCGAGACGAAGACGCCGGUCAUUGGCUUCGACAUGGGUGGUACAAGUACUGAUGUCUCACGGUAUGGAGCUGGAAGAUAUGAUCAUGUGUUCGAGACCACGACGGCUGGUGUGACGAUACAGAGUCCACAGCUUGAUAUCAAUACUGUUGCUGCUGGUGGCGGCAGUCGACUUUUCUUCCGCAAUGGUCUUUUCGUAGUAGGGCCGGAAAGUGCUGGUGCUCACCCAGGACCUGCGUGUUAUCGUAAAGGCGGACCUUUGACGAUCACUGAUGCGAAUCUUUACCUUGGACGACUACUACCAGACUUCUUUCCAAAGAUCUUUGGAAAGCAUGAGGAUGAGGGCAUUGACGAGAAUGCUGGUGAAAGACUAUUCCAGGAGCUUACCGAGCAGAUCAACAAGGAAGUGACUGGUGGCAAUGGUGCGAGUGGGAAGAGAGAAGAGAUGAGCAUGGACGAGGUGGCGUACGGCUUCAUCAAGAUUGCCAACGAGACCAUGACACGGCCGAUCCGAUCACUGACGGAAGCGAGAGGACACGAUACUAGCAAACAUCGUCUGGCAACAUUCGGAGGAGCUGGUGGACAACAUGCAGUAGCUAUUGCCGAAGCGCUCGGCAUCAAGCAGAUCCUUGUACACAGAUACUCCUCUGUGCUUUCAGCUUAUGGUAUGGCUUUGGCAGAUGUGGUGGACGAGCGACAAGAGCCUGAGUCCAAGACCUGGAGGGACGAUGACGAGGAGGUACGGAAGGCUCUGCAAGGCAAGAUGGAAGAUCUGAAGAAGAAGUCGACUGCUACUUUGCGAGACCAAGGUUUUGACGAGGAGCAGAUACACUUCGAGGAGUACCUCAAUAUGCGAUAUAGAGGUACGGAAAGCGCAUUAAUGGUUGUGAAGCCUACGAAAGAUGAAGCCGAGAAAGACUUUGGUGGUGAUGCUUGGGCAUUCGGCAAGAACUUCGUAAGACAGCAUGAGCAGGAAUUCGGUUUCACCCUACCAGAUCGCGAUAUCAUUGUUGACGAUGUAAGAGCUCGCGGUAUUGGCAAGACAUUUGAAGGGCUGGAAAGGACUGUCGACCAGCAGCUCAAGGAGGUGAAGGUAAGAGAUGUGAAAGGUGAGGGUAAAGUGUAUGGCAAGCGGAAAGUGUACUUCGAGGGCGGGCGACAGGAUACCUCGAUCUACAAGCUCGAAGACUUGAGCGUAGGUGACAGGAUACAAGGUCCUGCGAUUAUCGCAGACGGCACGCAGACAAUCGUCGUCACGCCGGGCGCAUCAGCCUUACUGAUCGACACCCAUGUGGUGAUCAAUAUCGGUGACGAAGCCAGCCACGACAAGAAAGUCGAUACGAAAGAGGUCGAUCCGAUCAUGCUAUCCAUCUUCGCACAUCGCUUCAUGGCUAUUGCGGAGCAGAUGGGUCGUGCACUGCAGAAGACGAGUGUGAGCACGAACGUCAAGGAGCGACUAGACUACUCGUGUGCGCUCUUUGACGCAGACGGUGGUCUGGUGGCCAACGCGCCUCAUCUGCCUGUUCAUCUAGGCUCCAUGUCUACCUGUGUGCAGAAGCAAGCCGAGAUCUGGCGAGGCAAAUUGAAGAGAGGCGAUGUGCUGGUCUCGAACCAUCCUAUGUUCGGUGGCACGCAUUUGCCCGACAUCACUGUCAUCACCCCAGCUUUCAGCGGAGAUCAAAUCGUCUUCUAUGUGGCUUCUCGAGCCCAUCAUGCAGAUAUCGGCGGCAUACUACCUGGAUCUAUGCCCCCGCACUCGCGAGAGCUGUUCCAGGAAGGCGCGAGUAUCAAGUCGGAGAAAUUGGUAUGGGAAGGACAUUUCAACGAAAAGCGCAUCACGGAACUCUUGUUGAACGAGCCGGCACAAUACCCAGGCUGCAGUGGUACGAGAUGUCUUGCUGAUAACCUCAAUGACCUGAAAGCGCAAAUUGCGGCGAACCAGAAGGGCAUCAAUCUCAUCAGUACCUUGAUUGAUGACUACGGUGAGGAUGUCGUACAGUUCUAUAUGCACAACAUCCAAGACAAUGCCGAGCUUAGCGUACGGAAUCUGCUCAAGAAUGUUAGCAAACGCUUCGAAGGUCGUGACCUGAGUGCAGUAGACUACAUGGACGACGGUUCGCCAAUCAAGCUGAAGAUCACGAUCGAUGCUGUAAAGGGCGAGGCAAUAUUUGACUUCACUGGCACGGGUCCUGAAGUCUAUGGCAACACCAAUGCACCGGAAGCAGUCACAUACAGCGCCAUCAUCUACUGUCUGCGAUGUCUGAUCAAGGAAGAUAUUCCACUUAAUCAAGGCUGUCUGAGUCCCGUGAAAGUCAUCAUACCAAAGAAAAGCUUCCUUUCACCCUCAGGGUCCGCAGCCGUGGUGGGUGGGAACGUCCUAACCAGCCAACGAGUAACGGACGUCGUCCUCAAAGCCUUCAACGCCUGCGCCGCAAGCCAAGGCGACUGCAACAAUCUCACCUUUGGCUUUGGCGGCAAUGUCGAAGGCGAGAAAGCCGUCAAGGGGUUUGGUUACUACGAGACGAUUGCAGGAGGAAGUGGCGCGGGACCAGAUUGGGAUGGGACGAAUGGUGUGCACACGCAUAUGACCAAUACACGGAUCACGGAUGCUGAAGUGUUCGAGAGGCGAUAUCCUGUUAUUCUGCGAGAAUUCAGCUUAAGAGAGGAUAGCCAUGGGAAGGGGCAGCACAAAGGUGGAGACGGGGUUGUGAGGGAUAUUGAGUUCCGGAUACCUGUGCAGGUCAGCAUCUUGAGUGAGAGGAGGGUCUAUCACCCUUAUGGCCUGGAGGGUGGAGAGGAUGCGCAGUGCGGGCUAAAUGUGUGGGUGCGUAAAGUGCCGAAAGUGGAAGGGAGCGACGCAGACGCUGCUGAGGGCACUAAGAACAGCAGUACUCCAAAGCCACAGCAACAAGCGAAUGGCCUAGACGCUGAGCAGGAGUACAGACAUAUCAACAUGGGCGGCAAAAAUACUGCUUCGAUGCAACCUGGUGAGCGGAUCAUUAUAAUGACGCCCGGUGGUGGCGGGUGGGGUCCGGCUGGCAAGGAGAGCGAGAGCAGACAGCACGAGAGGGAGGAUCCUAAGCAUAGCUGGCGAGGCGGUAGUAUUGCCGGUCGACAGGCUGAAGCUGAGGCGUCGGCCUGA